AUGUCAAAACGAGACAAUGUUGCUCUCAAACUGGAUAUUUUGGAGUUCAAGUUCAAAAGUGCAAAGGCUAGGUAUCCCAAGACAAAGACGUUAAUACGGGCCAAGAGCCAAAAGACGGUAAAUUCGAUUGUGAAUUUGGAUAUCUCUCGAGAACAGGCCUACGAGCAAAUAGACGCUUUGAAAGAAGAGCUCUGCGAAAGAAAGUUCUAUGCAGCACUAUCCAAGCUGACAAGAUGUCUACGAAAGCUGGUAAAAGCAGAGAUGAAAACACUUAACCUCAAGGCCUCCAAAGCCACAGAUCCUUCUUUGCAGGCAAAAAUCCAGUCACAGCUGCAGAUUCUGGAAGGUCUUGAUCCUGAAGUGCUCGUGCGCGCUAAAUUGACCAAAACUGCUGAGAAAGUGUACAUUCACUCAAAAGAGUCCAGGGAAACUCCCCCAAAGUACUUGCCUCAAUGGUGCAGGGACUCGAUAAGUGAUCCACAAAACGUGUAUAAUCCCAAGUUUCAGUUCAAAUCAAAUUCGGCUUUGGUCAAUGACCAGAUUUCGAAACUAUGGAAUCAGAAAGAGAUUGUUCAGUUGCUGAAAAGUUCGGAGCUGAGUUUGAGACUGGUCCAAGGGCCAGUGAAGAAGGAGAAUGUCAAGGAGAUUGAUGAUAAUAAGGAUGUUGCUGAAUCGAACUCGGAGUCACAGUCGGAUUCGGAGGAUUCGGGAUCAGAAUCGGACUCGGAUUCAGGCUCGGAUUCAGAUUCGGAUUCAGAUUCGGAUUCGGGGUCUGACGAGGAGGAAGCUGGAAAUCUGUCAGAUAUAGACCUCUCUGCUUAUGAGGGAAUGUUGGCGGCUUCGUCUGACGAGGAGGAACCAGAGAUGCUGGAUUCUGCACUAAAUUAUAACGAGGUGACUGACGAGGAACCAAGUGAGAUCGAUGGCUCUGAUGCUGAGGUUGCGAUGGAGGCUGAAAUCUCAAAGAAAGAGAAGAAAGCGAAGAAAGAGAAAAAGGAAAAGAAAGAAAAGAAAGAGAAAGUCACCAUACCUUCUCUCCUCUCUGGCUAUAUCUCUGGAGGUUCCGACUCUGAGGCCGAAGACGAGGUGGUCAAGGAGGCCACAACUGUCAGAAAAAACAGGAGGGGUCAGCGUGCUAGACAGAAGAUUUGGGAAAUGAAAUAUGGUUCUGGUGCUAAUCAUGUCCAGAAGGAAAGAGAAAGGGCCAAAUCUGAAAGAGAGGUCAGACAGCAGCAGUUUGAGGAAAGACAGAAGAAGAGAGAAGAGAAGGCUAGACUCAAGGGCGAUAAUCCCAAUUUUACUCAGGUCUCCGACAGACGACUCAAGGCCCAGGAACCUCCCAAAGAAAAGGAAAUGCAUCCUUCGUGGGUUGCCAAACAGAAGGCUAAGGAGAGAGAACUCCAUACCAAAUUCCAGGGUAAAAAAGUUGUUUUUGAGUAA